AUGGAACCCUCCAUACAAUUUGUAGAGCAGACUGCCCCCUCCGCCCAAAAUAACGCACAAAAUAACGCAUCGACACAAAAUGCCAUUGGCGGAGUGGUGCGUCUGCGCUCACGCACACAAUCAAUCAGCCGCAAAGGAUCCAUAGAUUAUGCGAAAUCUGGGAAGUACGAGGAUGUCGAAGAUGAAGAUGCAGGUUUACGAAACGAGGGCGACUACAAGCGCAGUCAGUCCUUCAGCAUCGGUCAGAUCUUCGCGCUCGCGUACCAAUCCAUCGGUGUGAUCUACGGCGACAUUGGUACCUCACCCCUAUACGUUUUCUCGUCUACGUUCACGGAAGCCCCAAACCGAAUCGAUCUACUGGGCGUACUGUCGCUUGUACUGUGGUCCGUUACUUUGAUGGUUACAGUCAAGUACAUCCUCGUCAUCCUGCAUGCCGACAAUGAUGGUGAAGGCGGCACCUUCAGCACAUAUUCCCUACUAUCCAGAUAUGCGAACAUCGCCAACCGAGAUCCUCGCGAGGAAUCGCUUGUCCGCAUGAAAAGACACAACACCAAUGAUUUGAGCCGUUCCACCAAGACCAUUCGAUCCGGCAUGGAGAACUCCAGUUUCUUCCGAGCGCUUUUGAAGACAAUCGGCGUAUUAGCAGUUUCUAUGGUCAUGGCCGAUGGAGUUUUGACACCUGCUCAGUCUGUACUAGGCGCUGUACAAGGCUUGAGUGUAGUGAAGCCCGAUAUUGACAAGGCGACCAUCAUUGGCGUUACCUGCGCAAUCUUAAUCUUGCUCUUUGUAGUUCAGCCACUGGGCAUAUCGAAACUUGCCAUAGUGUUUUCACCCAUCGUUAUGGUGUGGCUGUUCCUCAACGCCAGCUUUGGUGUUUACAACCUUGCCAAGCAUGAUCAUACGGUCUUGAAGGCUUUCAAUCCAUACUACGCGUUCGAAUUCCUAAUCCGAAACAAAUACCACGGUUGGAGGAGUCUCGGUGGUGUGCUGCUUUGCUUCACUGGAGUAGAGGCUCUGUUCGCCGAUAUUGGUGCUUUCAGUCGUCAUGCCAUCCAGCUCAGUUGGCUUUGCUACGCCUAUCCGUGUCUUUUGCUCGCAUAUAGCGGACAAGCUGCGUACAUCAGCAAGAACCCGGAUGCCUACUCGAACCCGUUUUUCAACUCUGCCCCGCCGGGUUGGCUAAUCUUCUCGCUGAUUGUAGCCAUCGCCGCUGCUAUUGUAGCUUCUCAAGCCAUGAUAACGGCAACGUUCCAGCUGCUUACCCAAAUCAUGAAGCUCUCGUACUUCCCGCAGAUCAAGGUGGUACACACUUCGACAACGUAUCAUGGGCAACUCUAUGUGCCAGCUGUUAAUUGGCUUCUCAUGGUUGGAACCGUGCUGGUUGCUGCCAUCUACAACAACACCACAUCUCUUGGCAACGCAUAUGGUGUAUGCGUCAUGUUUGUCACAUUCUUCGACACAUGCAUGGUAACACUGGUAGCGAUACUUGUGUGGCGCAUCAAACCUUACUACAUCCUCUUACCUGCACUGACUGUUGCCUCGCUGGACGGAGCCUACCUCUCUUCAGCACUCUUGAAAGUCCCGGACGGUGCAUGGUUUACCAUUCUCUUGGCUACACUGCUUGCUUGUAUUUUCAUCCUCUGGCGCUUCGGCAAAGAACAGCAAUGGCAAGCAGAGGCUGGCGACAGGUUCCCAACUACUCACUUCGUCAGAACACGAGCAGAUGGUCAACUGCAACUGACUCCACUAUUCGGCGAAGAAUUUGUUGGCUCAAUGCAAGGAUUCGGCAUCUUCUUCGACAAGGCUGGUGAAACGACGCCCAUCGUGUUCAACCAGUUCAUUCGCAAGUUAGUUUCGGCGCCUUCUGUCAUCAUCUUCUUCCACUUGCGUCCGCUGGACCAGCCUUUCGUCGAGCCAGAAGAUAAGUACAGUGUGUCCCGGCUGGCGAUGCCUAACUGUUACCGCCUAGUCGUGCGACAUGGCUACAUGGAUGAGGUCAUCACACCGAACCUCGCGAGCCUUAUCUUCGAGAAGGUGCGCGAUCAUAUCGUAUCGCGUGCACUGGAUCGCGAGGGCGAAAAGGCUGCGGCAGCCCCUGUUACUGGAGUUGAAGGCUCCGAACGUGACAAUGUCUCGUCACGCAGCUCGACAACUUCAUCUCGUCUUGAGGCGUUAGAACGCGCAUACAACCACAAGGUGCUUUACAUCACUGGAAAGGAGCAGAUGAAGAUUACGCCGGGCACAAACAUCGUACGCCGCUUCUUCCUCCACAUCUUCUUGUUCAUUCGUGAGAACACACGGACAAAGAUUGCGAGUCUAGACGUUCCUAUGGACAAGGUCAUUGAGGUGGGCUUUGUGAAAAAUAUUUAA